GAAAAUGUCUCGAUUACCUUAAUUAAUAAAACAUUACUAAAUAAAUUACGUACAUUGUAACAUAUUAUAACGUAUAAGUACCUUAUCGUUGUUAUCAGUAAUUAAUGCAAGAAGAUAAGUUUUGCAAUAAGGUAUUUUAUAUAACCGAAAAAAAGAGAAGAAAGAAGCAAAUUUUGUUAGGAAAAUGAGUGAAAUUUCAGCUUCUGUUCUUUUGUAUAGUAAUAAUACGAAAGAAAAUAUUCUAAAAAUCUCAUCACUAAUUCCUAAAACGUUACAUGAUGUGAGAAUCAAGAUAAAAAGAGUACUGCCAAUAACUUCCAGCUGUGAUGUGGCCAAUGCUGUUGAAAUUUCUUUAAAGGAAUGUGAAUAUGUGUUUUUAAUUGCUGACACAAUAGAUCUCGAUAUUCUAACACACAUUAAUUGUAGCAUUUCAAAGAUAUUUAAUGAAAAAGUGAUAGAAAGAUGUGUAAACUUUUGUUCAAAAACUGUAAGCCUUUUAGAACACAUUAAAGUUUUAUCCAGUCAAGAUUUUUCAGGCAAUAAUGUUGUUCUUUAUAUACAAGGUUUAUUUAUUAUAUUUUUCGUUGAAACAUUGGAAUCUCCAAUAAGUACUUAUGUAGUGCCUUUUUUAAAGAGAAGGUUAGUUAAAAAUAAUCUGAAGAGGGUACUAUACAUUGAUCAAGAAGUUGAUAAGUAUGAUGUUCCUGUUGACACCAUUAAUGGUGUUGCAGUGAAUGUGAAUAAAAAUCAUCAUUACUUAACUGUAACCAUUUCUUCAGUGAAUUUAGAAAAUUUAUUGUCAACAGAAAAAAUUUUGAAAGACAUGUUUAAAGAAGCCAUCCUCAAAGUAGAGGAGUGCACCAAUCUCCAAGACACUGUUUAUAAUUACAACUUUUCUUAUGUGAAAGAAUCAAUAGAAACAAUUGAAAUGUGUUUUGAAACAUACGAACCUGAAAAUGUACUUGUUGCAUUUAAUGGAGGCAAAGACUGUAUGGUUCUUCUUCAUUUGACUCUUGCUGUACUUAAAAGAAAUUAUUCAGACCGCAAUUUGAGGCCCCUUUGUCUGUACGUUCAAAGUGCUGAUCCUUUUGAAGAACUAGAAGAAUUUGUUGAGCACUGUAGGCAAUUUUACAAUUUAAAUUUAUUGAAAUUUAGCACUAAAGUAAAAGAUGCUUUGGAAUUUGUUUUAAAAAGUAAGCCAAAUAUAAAAGCUUGUUUAAUGGGAACAAGAAGGGAUGAUCCUUUUGCAUUUCAUUUGAAAGCAUUUCAGAUGACAGACCCAAAUUGGCCUCAAAUAAUGAGAGUAAGCCCUCUUUUGGAUUGGCACUACAGCUUUAUUUGGGAUUAUCUGUUAGAUUUACAAGUACCUUAUUGUAAAUUGUAUGAUCAGGGAUAUACAUCAAUUGGAAGCCGUUUAAAUACAAAAUUAAAUCCUUAUUUAUAUUAUCACGACCCAAAACAAAAUAUUAAAAAGUAUUUGCCAGCCUAUAAAUUACUUGAUGUAACUAAAGAAAGAAGUGGACGAUGUUGAUGGAAAUUUAAACAUGAUUUUAAAGCAAAAACUGUUAAUUAUUUAUCGAAAUUGAAUUAUUGUUGUUUGUUAUUCUAAUAUAUAAAUAUAUUAUAUAAAGGUAAAAGU